AUGGACAAGAGAGGUAUACUCAUUUCGUCCUUGGAUGCGGCCGUUUUGAAGCGGUUGUACCAUCUCCUCCAGCCGAGGGACGUCACAGACGUUCCAUUCGAAGACGUGGUCAAGACACUAGAUGAACACUUUGCCCCGAAGAGGUUCGAAAGGGCAAAACUAUUCUCGACUCGACAGGAAGAAAACGAGCCCGUGAAGGAUUUUCUGAACCGCCUACGAGCCAUACAUGCGACUUUUGAAUACGAAACCGAAGCAGACAUACGUGCCUGUUCAUCUGACAGCCUUCAUAGUCGGCAUACGAGAUCAGCGUAUUCAGCGAAGCUUGUACUCGAGAAGAAUCUCACCAUUGAGAUUGCUUUACGGCUUGCCGGAAGCUCGCUAGCAGCUGAAGCAGGAUCCCGUGAUAUGGGCUCCCUGGUAGUGGCAAAGGUCUCCCAGUCAACUAGAACUACAGGAAAAUGUUUUCGCUGUGGGAAUUUCAACAACGAUGAGGCAAACUGCCGUUUUCGCCAGGAAUCGUAUCACGACUGUGGCAAGCGAGGACACAUUGUCAGCAUGUGUACGCACACAGGACGCACUUCGCAAAAGUCCAAAAACAAGUCGUCAAGAAGAAAAGUGCAGACUGUUACCAUAUCGAAUGUAUUCUCCGUGGAUAAUGGUGACGUGAAGUUCUCCUUGCGAUACUCCUGUGAGAUACUUGGCACCAAGGUUACCCUACAAGGCGACACGGGAUCACAGGCAACGUUGCUGAACCGGUCCACGUGCUUGAACCCAAUCAAAGUUCUUGGAAGGAGUUUUCUAUAUGUCCGUUGGAGGGAUCAUCUGUUUUCGUUGGAAGCCAUCAUCACGGAAGCGCCCACAGUCAACAUAUUAGGGAGGACGUGGACUUCUGCCCUGAUGAUUGAUCUGAACAAGAUGUUCGUGGGUGUCACCAACACUGUUGCAGACCGAGGGAAAAUUCCUGAAACAUUGCUCCAGAAGCAUCCAGGCGUGUUCCGAGAUGGUCUUGGGAGGUGCACUACGACAAAGGUUCAUCUUCAGUUCAAGCCGGAUAGUCACCCCAAGUUCUUCAAUUCACGGCCUAUACCCCUCGCCAUCCGUACUGCCGUGAAGCAAGAUUUGGAGCGCAAAGUCAAUAAUGGAGUUCGCCCGUUGAAGCUUCCGCUUGGACUGCGCUCAUCGUCGUCGUACCCAAACCAAAUGGCUCUGUACGUGUUUGUGGAGAUUUCUGCGUGA